AAUUGAUAAGUUCUAAUAAUAACGAUACUGACAAUGAAUCUGAAUCCACAAGACCGGUAAAAAAGAGCAGACCAUGUCAUCCAGUUUGGAGCUAUUUUUCAUGGAGUGCAAAUAAUACGAAUAUUAUUUGCAAUAUAUGUCAACAACCCUAUAGCCCUGGUACAGGUGUUAGUACAAUUAAGGAACACUUUACCAAAAAUCACAAAACCGAAUGGGAACAAAUUGAACAACAAUAG